AUGCUGUUCACCAACUUUGCCCCAGCGCUCCUGCUGAGUACCCUUGCAUCUGCUCUUCCAGAAGUGAAGCGCGCUGCUACACUUCCCCUUUCGACUAAGGGUCGCGACAUUGUCGACGCCAAUGGCGAUGUCUUCCAAUUCGCCUCAACGAACUGGCCCGGACACCAAGAGGUCAUGGUUCCCGAGGGUCUUCAGCAUGCCUCAAUCAAGGACAUUGUUUCGUGGUUUCCGAAGUUCGGCCUGAACUCUGUCCGCCUGACCUUCGCUAUCGAAAUGGUCGAUGACUACCUCAGCAACAGCCCGAACCAGACUUUGGAGAAGAGCUUUAUCAACUCACUUGGCGAAGCCAACGGCACCGUAGUGCUGAACCAAAUUCUCGAGAAGAACCCCCAAUUUACUAAAGAUACCACAAGACUGGAGGUGUGGGAUGCUGUUGCGAAGGAGCUGUCGAGUCAAGGUGUUAUCAUCCACCUGGACAACCAUGUCAGCAAGGCAUUCUGGUGCUGCGGUGACAACGAUGGAAACGGCUGGUUCGGGGAGAAGUUCUUCGACGUCGAGAAAUGGAAACGCGGUCUUGCCUGGCUAACUAAACACGCGAAGGAUAACUGGCCUACCUUCUCUUCUGUUGGUCUCCGAAACGAACUCAGAAGCGCUACCAACGCCGAGCCUGUCGAUUGGUACACCUGGUAUGUCCAUAUGACGGCUGCAGCAGAGGCGGUGCACGAAGCCGACCCCAAUGCUCUUAUCUUCUUCUCUGGUCUCUCGUACGAUACCUACAUCGACCCAAUUCCUCUCGGCAAGACCCUGAACGGUACUGCUGGAAAAUCAACUGCCAACAAGACCGCGGUUUUCAAGCCUGGUGACUUUGCGUUCAAGGACAAGAUCGUGCUGGAGAUUCAUAAGUAUGAUUUUGAAGCCACCCAGGACGACUGCGAGACCUUCAAGAGUAAGUGGUACAAGAAAGGCUUCCAGAGCGUCAACCCCGACGACCCGACCACCAAGUAUCUCUUCCCCAUGGUGAUCUCUGAGUGGGGCUUCAUCCACAAUGGAACAUACUGGAACCAGACGACGUACGCGAAGUGUCUGGUUGAGAUGGUCGACCAGUACAAGGUAAGCUGGAUGCACUGGGAGCUUUCAGGGUCCUUCUACCUGCAGACUCGACCGGGCAGGAAGCCGCAAGAGACCAUUCAGGGGUUGGAGGAGUUUUGGGGUCUGCUGAACUAUGAUUGGUCGGCCAUCCGCUCGCCGAUUACCCUCGAGAACAGCUUGUACAAGAUGAUCGGUGCUCUGAAGUGA